AUGUCCACUUGUUGCCCAGGAGAUAGGCCUCCUACGAAUCAUCAAAUGCCAGUUGGUCAACAAGAAUACUUUCACGGCCAGUUUCCCCAUCCUAUGUUUCCUCCCUGGCCUAUUCAUCCUCCACCUGGUGCCUUACCAGUCUUUCAAGCAUAUCCCAUGCAGGGAAUGCCCUACUAUCAGAAUUAUUCAGGAAAUGGCCCAUUUUAUCAGCCACAUUAUCCACCAAUGGGCGAUUCUCAUCUCAAUGCUAAUCAUAGAACAGGGCAGAAAAGGCAGUCCAUGGAUGGUAGAGAUAGCAACACUGAAUCAGAAGCAUGGGAGAUGGAUGCCUCCAAAACACGAUCGCAGGAUGAUUUGGAGUUGGAGAAGGAAGCUUCACAGAGCCAAGAAUCACGGAAGAAGGCAGGACGAUCUGGUAAAAAGCAAUCAGGCAUGGUUGUCAUUCGGAACAUUAAUUACAUCACUAAAAAUGCGAAGAACUCUGCUUGUAGUGAGUCAGAUUCAGCUUCUGACUCUGAAACUGACGUGUAUGGUGAAGGUUUGCCGGCUGAUGAUCCAGAUAUGAUGCAUAAGAACACUUUGAGAUCUUCAAGAAGAAAAGGAAGCCAUGCAAAGUCUACAGAUGAAUCAAAUUUAUAUGAUAAGGAAGAAAUUACUUAUGAAAAGGAGACAGAUGGUGGACACUGGCAAGCAUUUCAAACUUGUUUAUUGAGAGGUGCUGAUGAAGAUAAUCACGCUGCCAAGGAAGGCAUGUUUGCCAUGGAGAAAGAUGUUCAAAUGAAGAGACGCCAAAAUAAAAUGGGUGAUGAUCUUUUGGCUCUUGGGGGACGAGUUCCCGUUAAAAUACAAGACAGGAGGAUGACUGAUUUCCACAGGGACAGUGGAAAUGGAUCUCGCAAGCUCAGGUUGUCAAACGAUGAAAUUCCAAUUUCUGGAUAUGAAGAUCACAGGGGGCCUGUUGAUGACCAAAUGGAUAUACAUUUCACAGAAAUAGAUGGAAGAAAGGUUAUGUAUAGGAGGAAGGCAAAUGAUGAUUUUAUGAUGAAUGGAAGAGAAAACCAAUCAGGUUUGGGGCGUUCAUCAGAUCCACUGACUGUAAAUGGAUUUGACCCUGCAACCGGUAAUUUGGAUAGAAAAUCAUCACAUGAUAUCACUGAUGAAUCCUUCAUAGUUCCAUUCAGGUCAAUGCCACUAGAUCAAGCUGGAACUGACGACAGAACUGCUAUUGAUAUGGACUCUGAGCUCCCAUCAACACAUCAGAAGUCGGAAAACAAUCUAAAUGGGAUAGAAAGUCAGACCAAUUAUGAGCCUGAUGAUCUAAGCUUGAUGCCUGAACGUGGAACAGAAAAGAGGUCCAUUGGAUAUGACCCCAGUUUGGACUAUGCAAUGCAGGUUUGUGACGAUGCCGCUUCCCUUGAAAAAAGAAAUAAGGAAGUUGUGACUGAUGUCAAGCAAAGUUCUAACAAAGGCAAGGAGCGGAAGUCAAAAGUUACUCCAGAUAAUUUAGAGAAGAAGACCGGGGGGCCAAUAAGAAAAGGAAAGCCAUCAAAGAUAAGUCCUUUAGAUGACGCACGAGCACGUGCCGAGAAGCUAAGAGCCUACAAAUCUGAUCUCCAGAAAAUGAAGAAAGAGAAGGAAGAGGAAGAUUUAAAACGAAUUGAAGCUUUGAAGAUGGAGAGGCAAAAGAGAAUUGCAGCGAGAGGCAGUUCCACAUCUGCUCAGUCACAAUUGCCCUCACUGCAAUCAAGAAAGUUGCCGACAAAACUUUCCACCGUCAAUCACAAGGGAUCCAAGUUCAGUGAUUCAGAGCCAGGAUCAUCAUCACCUCUGCAGAGAUCCAAAAUAAAAACUGCUUCAAUUGGAUCCAAUGAUUUUCACAAAGCCUCUAAAGCAAGCAGAUCCAGUGAUGGCAGCCACUUGGCAGGGAAUAAGUUGAGUAGGUCCGCGUCAUCAUUAUCUGAGCCAAAGAAAGAAAGCAGUGGUGCUACUCCUGAUUCGAAAGCUUCUAUGGUGCGGAUUAGAAGAUUAUCAGAGCCCAAAACAAUUGGCAGUCAUAUUGCUACUUCAGUAAAGGUGCGAAGUUCCAACCAGAUAACAAAGCCAAAGGUAUCUGAUGGACCUGAGAGCAAGAAAAUAUCUGCUAUUAUGAACCUUGAUAGAAGUAAAGCCGCAACUCUUCCAGAACUGAAGAUCAGGACAUCUAAAGGACCUUCUAAUGUAGUCCAGAAUAAAUCAGCAGCGAAGGUGAAUGGAGGCAUGGCUUCUGUAACUUCCGAUAGUGCUGAACGGAACAAGAACAAUAACAAAGUAUCACAUCAGAGUGAUGUGGAUGACAACCCAAUUAUUGAGAAAACUGUUGUGAUGCUGGAAUGUGAGAAGCCCUCUAUUCUUGCUGCGCAAGCAUUAGAGGAGAAAAUGGGGUCACUUGAGGGGCAUUAUGAUAAUCAUGACAUGGGAGAGAAAAUUGAGGUGGCACCAGAGUAUGCAGCUAUUCGUGCACCACCAUUACCUAUGGAUGGAGGUGGCAGAGAAUUCAAACCAAGCCAACUACAGGGGGAAGCCAGUUCUUGUGAGGUGGCAACAAAUUAUGCGGAGAAGGAAUUGCCGAAGCUUACAAGCAUCACUACUGCUGAAAAAUCUUAUCAAGCCCCUUAUGCUCGGGUCUCAUCUUUAGAGGACCCGUGUACUGGACAUUCUGAGUAUGGGAAAGCACCCCCAGCAAGCUCCGCAAUGGUAUCAACAGAUGUCGAUACUGUUAAAACACACGUUUCUAAUGUGCAAAGCUUAAAAGUAGAGAUGAUUCCAGAGGACAUGGAAAAGCCUCGGGUAAAGGAAUCAUCAAAAGGGUUUAGACGACUUUUGAAGUUUGGAAAGAAAAACCACACCUCAACUGCAGGUGACCGGAGUGUUGAAUCAGAUAUUGCUAGUGUAAAUGGUUCUGAGCAGGAUGACGCUGCUACAAAUGCUGCUGCUUCUGGUGAAGUUCAUACAUUGAAGAAUCUAAUCUCGAGGGAUGAAACCCCAAAUGCCGGCAACAGUUCACAAAAGUCUUCACGCCAUUUCUCUUUGUUGUCGCCCUUUCGUAGCAAGACCAGUGAAAAGAAGGUGGCCACAUGAGUGUGGAGAUCAUUAAGGUAAGGUUGUAGCAAUUGUUUUCACAUCUUGGCUUUCCUUUGUGUGUGAUUUUUUAUAAAUGGUGUACUAUUGUUCUGUGUAUCACUCCCUGUGCCUGAAUACAUUUUCGUUGUAAACUAUGUUGUUGUCAAAAAAAGUAGGUCAUUGUACAUUCAAAUCUAUAUUUCAAUUCGCAAAAAGGUGAAUUGAAUUGGAGCUCCCCCUCUUAAACUUACUACUGAAAAGAUUAGUUGUCUGAUUGUGCCAACUUGGGAUGAAAUAUUUCUUGGUUUGGG